AUGAAUAAGAAAAGAAAGUUUGAUUACAUGACCAGUUCAUGCAUCCUGAGAGAUAUUGGUCCAUGGCUCCUAACUGGAAAAAAUGUUUGCAUGACGCUUUUAAGUCAUAUCCCUAUAUCUGCAUACCUCAGGCGUGUUUUAUGCCAACUACUUCUCUCUACUUCUAUGACUUUUUGGUAUAAAUACCAUAGCAAUUCACUCCGGAAAGAGCUGAAACUUCCUGUUUGUUUUAUUUUCUCUGGUGAAUCAUUUUUUAGCACUCGAGUUAUUCAUGUUAUCGCACUUUAUACCUCUGCUGAAAAUGCUCAUCCUAGGAUAUUUUCAAAAGAUAGGCACAUAAACGCUCAUAAAUCUCUCCCAGACAAAAAUUCCGUUUCUGUUCCAAUGCAAAGCGACUAUCUGUUUUUCCACUUCGCUUGUGAAAAUCCUGCAUCAAUUUAUUCUUAUUAUCCUAAAAAAUAUAGUCGAAAUGGCUUGUGCAACUACUGUUAUCAUGAACUGAUAAACAACAUGUCUCAUACUUAUGAUGCCAAACUCAUAGGGAGAAAUCAAGAUGUCACACAGGUAAAGGAGGUACAUUUUCAUUCAAUCCAAUCUGCUAAUCAAGUCGGCUUCAAGCUACAAGGGCAAGAAUUUCAGGUUGCGCUAUCCAACACCGAUUCCAUAACUCUACGAAAAGCACAAUGGAAAUGCUCUUAA